GGGUCGUCAGUCGAGCGCGCCGAGCCGAGCUGCACGUUGCACGUACACAUAAACACACCAAACGGACAGACAGACGGACAGACACAGACGGACAGAGAAAAAGCGAGGGAGAGAGAGAGAGAGUGAGAAAGCCACUCGCUUCGGCUUCCUUCUCUCUCGCAGUCGUGAUCUUCUUUCGUGAUGAACCUACCAAUCGUGGCCAUGGAUUGACGAUAACCGUUGCUUGUUUUUUUUUGUUUGGGGGUGUGUGCGCGAGAGAGAAAGAGAGUGCGGUCGGAGCUUGGCUGUUGGUACAGAGACGUUUGCGCUCGACCGCCAACGAGAAGACUCGCGCGAGGACAAACGAGAAGUAACAGAAUCUGCGAGGCACGCGAAGGAAGCGUCGGCAGCACGAAGAAGCGGCAACGACGAUCAGGGAAGGAGGAAAGCAUCGGGCAGCGGCGAAAUCGCACCUAUGAGCGGCGUCGUCAUCGGGAUGCGGUGAUAUGGCGCUUCUGUACAGGUUCGCGCAGCUGCCCGACCGCAGUGGCACUCGUGUGUUCUCGUUCGUCGUCACCCGUAGCGUGGUGCGCGACCCCGAGCGCGACGUCACCAGCAAGGAGCUCGUCUGCGGCUUCCAGCGAUGGGCCGUCGCUUUCUCGCGCGGCGACAAGAAGCGCGCCAGAAACAAACGUUCUGAUUUUGACCGACAGAUGCUGGGAGUCUAUCUGGUGUGGCGCGGCGCGGCGCCAGGACUCAAGGUCUACGUGGACUUCACGUUCACUCUGUUGAAUCGCGAACACUUCAGUGUCAACGAGGGGUUCAGCGGCAAGAGGGUCAAGUUCACUUACGAGGCGCCGGCCCAAGGCAACAGGAAUUACAUAUCGAUCUCAGAUCUUUACACGAGGAAUUUCGCCGAUCCGAAUGGCGAGUUUCAGCUUGAGCUUUCGAUGGCCAACGUGCGCACCAUCUUCAGCUGCGAGGUCGGCAUUCCGGACGAGUCGUCUAACGCUGACGAUGUUGAUUUACGACCUAAAGGUGGCUCGACGAUGUUUCCCUCGGGUGGCCCGAAGGUCGACAAGAUCGAGACGGAGUACUUUGCCUUCGGGGGAUUCGACUGGAAUCUGGUUGUGUAUCCGCACGGCAACAAGGAGGAUCGAGGCUCGAUCGAGGGUGGCAUGAGCUUCUAUCUAGUUCGGAUGACCGGCUUCGACCAUCGCUGCCGAGUACGCUACAUCGUCAGCUUAGGCGACGGCACGAAGCGCUUCGACUCCGGAGCUCUGGAGGACAUCAACGACGCCGAGGGCCGCGGCUACGGCUGGCAUCCGAAGAUACGCUGGGCCGAGGUGGCGCACAAGAACGUGCUGAAGGUGAGCAUCGAGAUGCUGGAGGCCCGAACCAUAUCCGAGGUGCUGGUCCAAGCCUUGGGACCUGGCAGUCUACCCGCGACGCCCUGCUACGACAAGGAGAAGCAGGCCUGGGCGAUCCGAGCCGACAUGCACUCGACCACCGUGAGGCUGGGGCUCGUCUACAAGGACAUACACAAUGUGCCCAGGAACCAUCUCAGAUACGUCAGUUGGACGGCAUACCUGAUACGCGCUGGGGAGUCCGCCACGGAGAUAGUGAGCUUGCCGGGCGCGCCGUUCAGCCGCUACUAUGCCCAGGAGAACGCGGACGAGGGCAUCAUCAUGGAGACGUCGAUCGGCGUGAACGACGUCAAGGGCGACGACUGCCCUUUCGUCACGGAGAAGGGCCAGAUCCGCGUGCGCAUCGAGUGGCUGGAGUCGCAUCUGCUGUUCCAAGCCACUUAUCACAAGUACGACGACGUCUGUCGGGUGCACAAUCAGCAGAUGCGACGCGAGAUCGCUGCCCUUCAAGCCGAGAACUACAGCCUCGAGAGGCAGCUCUUCAGCUACCAGAAGAGCCUCGCCUACGCCCAGGCGCAGCAGCAGCAAUCGGGCGACGAGGCCGAGGCGCCGUCGCAUCCCGGCAGUCACCACCAGUCGAACCAGCACCAGAGCGCCCACCUGGAACGAUCGGCGUCCACGGACACCGAAUACGCCUGACGCGUAGAUCGUCUCCUCGGUCAUUUUCAGGCGUCGACCAUCACGGUGCGACGCCAGCUACCAACCAGUCCGCAGCGACUGCAGCAGACGUACAUACCGCGCAACAUACCGCUCAACGAUCCGCGCGUGCACGAGAACCUCGUCAACAUGAUGGAUCGCCGUCUCAGUAACGUGCAGCUGAUACUACAGCAGCGCUCGUCGCGCUCUAACUCCGCGCACAGUCAGACCUACGCGACCGACGACGACCACCAGCAACAGCAGCAGCAGCAGCAGCAGCAGCCUCGCGGUCGAUCCGCAUCCAAUUACAACAGCAACGCCAGCGCCAGUCACAACAACUACUACUACCGCCAGGCGCAGAUGGAGUUCAAUAAGAGGAGACGGCCGACCUUCUGGGAGACGCUCACCGGUUUGGUCUGCUCUCUGGGAGCGUUGGCCACGAGGGCGGCCAAGAUGGCUGCGGCGAGGCGUCAGGCCGCUGAGGUCCUAUGAUGUUGUCCGCGCGCUUUACACUGCGCGUCUACAAAGAAACGACGAGUUUGUAUGAGAUUACCAAGAAAGGGCGAUUUUACCCCGCGCGCUUCAUUACACCUCUCUCUCUCUCUCUCUCUCUCUCUCUCUCUCUCUCUCUCUCUCUCUCUCUCUCUCUUUCUCUUUCUCCCUCCCUCUCUCCCUCCCUCCCUCUCUCCAAAUCUCUCUUAUUGCGCACCGUCUUUCUCUUUCUGUAUAUCACUUAUACAUACACACAUACACGGAUAUGCGUCCUUACAUACCGACAACUGUGGAAUGUAUACAUAAUGAAUUUGUUCGAUAAACGCUGCGAGGCGAUAACGAUGAAGAGGAAUGAGAAGCACACUUAUACUGCAAUGGCAAAACAUUCAAAUCAGGAAUUGAUUUCCAACACGAUAUUGGCUUGUUAUGCAACUCUUAUCCCCGUCAGUGUUUCUGUAAUUUUAGGACAAAUUAUAUGUAAAUAUAAUGGUACGUAUAAACAGUCGAACGAUCUACUUGUCAAUUCGCCGAUCGACAGACAUAUCUUCGACUUUCUUUUUUCUUUUACCUUCUCGCCCGAAUAUAGUUGAUUGAUCAUUCGUAGUUGCGUCGAUGUAACUUUUUUAGAAAAACGAAAUAAUAAAAAAAAAAAAACAAAAGAAAAAAAUAAGUCCGAAUAACUUAAUAUGGGGGAAACUUGGUACGCUCAAUUUAGGUUGUCAUGUCAUAGACGGAAUAUACAAAUCUCAAAAUGUAGCACCGAUUUGGGCUAGACACCUCGAACUCGAAUCGUUCUUGUUGCAAAACCCCUUUGGUUAGUCGAUAUUUUAUCAUGUAUUUUUUCCUCGCGCUGUCUGUUUUUAUAUAUAUACACACGCAUCUAGUUUUCUCUGCGACUUGAAAAGAAACGGUCGCUAUAAAUGCAUAUCCAAUCAUGAAAAUUAAAUAGAGAGAUUAUUAUUAUUAUACUAUAUAAUGUCUGCUCGACAUUUUUUCAAAAAGUCUUAAAAAAACAACAACUAGGACAAACAAAAAAUUUGAGAUGAAAAAAAAAACUAAACUUGUAUCUCACGAACAUAUAUAUAUUAUAAAAUUCUUAUAUAUGCAUUUUUCUACGAUUUCCUGCACUUGUUUCGAUGAAUGCAUGUACGUCAUUCUAUAAAAUCAAUUAAUAUGCAAGGAGAACAAUAUUAAACUAAUGGGACGAAGAAAGUAAACAUAUGUUUGAAAGGAGAAGAGUGAGAAUAUAUUAUUUAUAGAAGAACGGGUACAUCGAUUAUAUUUUUAUCAAGUAAGAAAAAGAAAAAGAAAGCAAAGAUGAAGUAAACUACGUUUCUUGUUGUUAAUAAUUACAAUAACUAAGCUGAAAUCUUCCAAGUUUUAUUGUGAAUGAAAAUAGAGAGAGGCGCGCAAAAUCAAUGCGGGCAUUGUUUGAAGAGUAAAGCACAGAGAGAGAGAGAGAGAGAGAGAGAGAAAGUUAAUUAACGACAUUUGAAAAAUCAGCGAGGGGAGGUCAAUCGAUUGACGAGACGGGUGCUGGAAUGAAAACCACAAUGGCGUUUGAUUCUCGUUUGAUUAAGUAGGUAUGUGUACCGACAUGCGCAAGGAUUCAACAUGUGCCACACACGCAUACGCAUAUAUAUACUAUAUCUUCGCUGAUGUCCGAGAACAAGAUUUCUUUUCCUUUUCACAGAGAAUAAAAUCGUUUAGAGAAGUCUCUCGCGCUACUUUGGCUCUGUAUACAUACUUUGUAUAUAAAAAAUAUAUGAAAGGAUACAAAAAGAACAAAAAGAAAUUGUAGAUUGACUCGUCGUCCUAGCACAUUCGUCUCUCAUUGUUUUAAUCUCGACGAAUCGCCAUGUUUGUAUUAUAAUAAAUAUAUGAAUCAUUCUUUUGGUUCGCAGUCUCUGAAUGAAAUAAGCGAGGACGAAAGAAAAUAAUUUUUCUCCAAUUUAUUAAUGUUUAUUAUAUAUACAAUAUAUAAUUUAUAUCCCGAUGAGAUUGUCGAUUUCAUUGGACAGAUUUUAAAAGAAAAAAAAAUGAUUCAAAUAGUUGAAAAUACCGUUAACUAAAGAAUAUAGAGUUGGUGUUAUUAUAUAGUAGAUUUAAAUAGCGAGCAAGAGAACUAUAUCUUGGAAAAAAACGAUCAUAUUUCUUUUUUGUCAAUCUGAGUCUGAUUACUUCUAAUCUAUGUGCUACUUUUAUUGCGCUAAAACACUCGAAGAAGAGAAAAGCAACCGAUAUACAAAGAUUCACUUCACAGAUGUAUACACGAUCUGUUUAUAUUUUUUAACUAAUUUUUCAUAUAAUAUUGAUUGUACAAUUUUUUCUAUGUAACAACGUUUCUGCAAAUGUACGCACACUCGAUAAUAUCAGUAACUGUAAGCCGACAUGUCUCAAAAUACAAUUAUUCCAGCGACGAUUCACGCCGACGCAUAUCUCCACACAGCAACGAACUCUCCGAGGCGAAUGCAUAUACGCGCACCACUCGCUAGGCUAAAUACGUAGAGAGUGUUUAACCUGUGCAUCAGUAGAACUCUUAUGGAUGAGCUUCCGGCAGCGCGGACUCAUCGGAACAAACCAUCUCGCAGGAAUCGCACCUGCACGAUUCAUUUUCGCACUCGAGCCAACAUAAGACACAAACCCAAACGCUGUUCGAUCUAUAAGUAAGGGGGAUAUAGCCACGUCCACUCCAAUCAAUGAUAGAAAGUUACAAAGCAAAAAACUAUACAACCGAUUUCGUCGACUGUUUUCCUUUUCUUUUUUCCUCGUCUUUCGCGACUAUAUACGGUGCAUCCGCGCAGGCGCGUCCCGAAUAUACAAUCACGGCGCCGAAGCAAAUAACCAAAUCAUCGUCGCCGGCGGGCAAAUGCAAUUAUUUAUCCUCUCUACGUGCGGCGGCGCGCGAAAGGAACACACUGUUGCAGCACUGACAAUCGCAUUAUUCGCCCGGCCGUUAUGCACACUUUGUCGCGAUUAUCACAAGGAGUCUCGGCACGCGAACAACAACCAAGUGUCGUCGGGUCCUUCUUCAGCGACGCGAUCUUCUUGCUUCGCGCGAGCCUACAAGCGACGGGCUUGCCAUUUCAUUGCUGAUCUUCGCAUCGCGCGUUCAACUUUAAGCUUUGGCUUCGGAAUUCAUUCUUCGGUGUACCGCCGCUCGAUUCGAUUCCACAUUCUUCACUGUCGAUCUUUGAAUUAACCAAUUCGGAGAGGAAUCGGCCGGGGCGGUACAGAACAAACGGUCGCGGCUCCGUAUCGCUAUCUAAACCUCGACGCGGGUCGUUCUCCGAGACUCAUCAGCUCCGAGCGAGUCCGUUACGAAUUGCAAAUCGCGAGAAUCUCAAGAAAGAAAUUCGUUGUGGAAUCGGGAAAGAUUCGAAUAAUCCGAAUCGCCCACUGUGGGCAAGUCCGAUGAGAGGGGAAACAGAGUAGGACGGAAGGAAGCGAUAUUUAGCAUAAACAGCUCGCAAGGAGGUCGAAUUGCAAAUGAAAAUUAGCCAUUCUCCGUACACUCCAAACAAUCGAGUUCGGUUAUUGUGCGCGGGACCACGUUCUUCCUUUUGCCGGGUCCAAUGUGAAAUCUUUCAAAAUUGAUCGCGACGACGUUGAUCUCGAGGCUGUUCAAUGAAAAUACACACAGAGACUUACGCAACAGGGUAAACAAAAAACAUUAGGGAGAGAAAAAACAAUUUCGAGCAACUUAUAAUCGCAUAUCUUUAGAUAACGUAACUAGGAAAAAGUACGCGUAAGAAAAGAAAUUCAUCAUUAUAGAGAAUAUGUCUUCUAUAUUUGUGAAAUUAACAGAGAACGCAAUUGAAAAUUGUCUAAAUUUUAUCGAUUUCACGCUUCCGUUCUCAAUUUCAUUCUCGAAACUUGUACGAUUUUCAAAGUCAAAUGUCAACGGAACGCGGAGUGCGCGCAAACACGCAUCGAUUAUUUUCGUAAUAUUCUUGGCCUCAUCGACGAAUCGUAUAUUAAAGAAAGGAAAGACACGGAAAGGCGCACCUCUAGGCGUUGGUAAUUAUUCGACGGAAUGAUUUUUCAUCUGCAUUCAUCGCUAGCCCGAAUCGUAGAGGUUGAAAAGGCAGUAUUCUUUUGUUCUUGAUGCACAAGCGCACACGAAAAUAAUCGACACAAUUUGAUUGCGCGUAAGAGCAUUAAAGCGUCGCGCGCUCGUAUGUAACACACUAAUCACAUGUACGGACACAUUAGUAGUUUAAACAAACAAGCGUAAUGCGUCUCCCUCGUGAGUUUUGAGACAUUGUGUACUAAUUACAUUAUUAUACUUGUAAAUCAUCUGUGAGUCUGCCUCGUCUUUUAUAAAGUUCUUGCUA